AACUGAAUAUCCGGGUGCCCUGAUCCAGGCGGAGCGCUUCUUUUUAACCAUCCUGAAAACUUCCAAAUUCCAGCGGGGGCAGGGAAUGACUUGACGGGGUGGAAGAGCUCCUGGAGUUUUUGCAUUGGAUCAAUAACGUGCAAGUUCCCUCUCCAGAAUUCAGUGCCCCCCCUGCCCCAUUUAUGGUUGUGGGGAAGGGCUACCAGUUUGGCAGAUUCAGCUUGGGGUGAUCUGGACCUCAGCCGAAGCUGCCGGUCCCGACCCCCUCUUCCCCCGCUGUGCCAACCUGCAGCUGCGAGUCAGGCAGGGCUCGGGUCCUGUAACGUGAGUCAGCAGCAGCGGUCCUGGUGGUGGCGGUGAGCAGCAGCCCCCUUUCGACUGCAGGGCGGCUGCUGGAUCAGAGCAAGGCGGGGAACCCAGUGGAGGAGGAGGAGGGAAGGCAGCAGCCACGGCCGGGGCCGAGUGAAAGGAGCAGCUUGCUCUGCGUCUGGGGUGGGGUGGGGGGCUGCUGGAGACAGGUGGAAGCCUAAAGGGGACUGGAAGGAAGAGCGGCUGAGAAAGGGCUUCACUGCAUCCCUUCCGGGGCUCCAGUCUUGCUCGAUCUCAGCUGCGGCUUCUCCAGGCCACACAGCUGACCUUUCUGCUUUCCAUGCUGCACAUUUCCCACCCACCAUAAGAAACCAGCGAGAUCAAAGAACAUUGGCUCAGCAUCUCUUUCCAGCUAUCCCAGGAAGAAGUGGCCCCUCGGAGCAGAGGCUGGCUCCUUCAGGGUGGGAAGGACCUGUGGUUGGCUCUUCCUGCAGGCUUCACCGCUUGCUCAAGGCAGAGACGCUCUAAUUAGAAAAGGGAGCCAGGCAAGUGUGCAAAUCGAUCAGCGGAAUUAGAGAAAAACCACAGCCAGAGAUUCAGAAUGGGAAACAACAGGAAUCCACAAGGAGGAAUCCAGCACUCCGGUCCUUUAGCGGAGCCAUUCAGACCAAGAACUGUGACCCAUUAGGGGGCUGGUUGACAUGCAGACCCAGCGCUCUCUGCUGGGAUUGGCAAAGAAGGGGGCUUGGCCUGUUGGAGGUGGCAGGGCUUGAGCUGUCUCCUCCCCUGCCCCACAGGUCCCCUGAGCGCAGCUCUGUCCCUCCCCAAAGGCAGCAUGUUGCCCCCAGAGCACCCAAUGUGAUGCCUGCUGGAAGAGCUAAGCAGAAUGUGGGCUUACUAGAGGGAGAUUCCCCAACUUCCUGGGGGUGCCCUGGCCCCAAUCCUCUGCAGGUGCAGCCUUCCUGUGCAUGAAACCAGUCCUGCUGCUGCAGAACAGGAAUAGCCACACCAGCAUGGCAGACUGUGGUAGUGGGUGGGUGGGUGGGUAGGAGGCAGCCAUAUGCUCCUGCCUGAAUGUGUCUGGCCAAAUGCUGGAAGUGGAAGAGCGGAGAGGCAGACCUGAGGAAAGAGGGCAUUUACAAGGGCCCUCAGGCCAGCAGCUCCUGCUGAAAUGGCCACCCCCAGACAUCAAGCUGUUGCUCAAAUCAGGCUGCCCUUACAGAGCUGCGGGCUGCCCCAGGGCUUUCCAUGGUGGUAGGCACAUGGCUUAUGGGAAGGGGCAGGCAGACCCUGCUUGAAAGGGGCUCCUGGUUGACCUCUGAGACCAUCUGGGGGUCUUCCCAGAAGCAGCCAAGUGGACAACAGGCUCUCAACCCUGCAAGCAGAAAGGCCAGAUGAAGAGCCCCUUCCAAAAGGGAAAUGCUCCCAAGUUCAACUCUUUUUGCAAGCUGGUCUCAGCCAGCCGAGAGCCGGAAGUGUACUGUUAUAUUCACGCCUCCUUUGUGAUUUUCCCACACUCGGCUUGUUAAAAACCUGGGCAUGAAUAAUUCAGGGCUUUGAGCGCUGAAAGCUGUUUUUCUCCUUUCGGCCUGGCUCCCCCUCCCUCCCCUCCCCAUAUAUAAAACUGGGGUGUUCCCCAGGAAUCCAGAGCAGCAUCCUGUGCCUUGCCAGCACCUCAGCUGGGUCUAGGGCCAAAUCGGGUUUUGGGUUGCAAGAGCUGGAAGUCUCCUAUGCUGCUAUAAAAGGCGAGAACUGGUAAGGUUUUGGCCAUGGCUUGUGGCUCCACUCAGGUUCCAUAUUUAAUUUCUUUCCCUCAAUUUGUUCCUGCAGGUGUCCAGCAAGGCCUCCUGUGAUCAGGACCCCUUUAGGUGCCAGGAUUCAGUUCUUUUCUCAGCUGCAGGAGGGCAGGAGAGGAAACCCAAAGCUGCACCACCUCUUGGCUUUUUUGCUCUCGUGGCUUGUGGCAGGCGUCAAUCCUCUUGGCCGACCCCUUGCAGGACGGUGCUGCCCUCAAAUGAAUCUGCCUCCCAAGGGUCCCCCACACCUUUUGGGGAACAAGAGAUUCGGCUGCUUUUUGGGACAGUCUCAGGCUUCUGCAGACAAGCUAAUGGGGCAUCUGAAGCUGACCCAGGAAGCCUCCAAACUGGAGGGGCCGACCCCCAUUACCCUCUCCAUGCAUGGGCUGGUAGAAGAGCCCCGCAGCUCUCCGGCUGAGGAGGAAGGAGGGACCCCAAUGCCCACCUCAGGGCUGCUGCAGGUGGCCGAGCGCCGGCAGCCCCUCAGCAGCGUUUCCUCUCUCGAGGUGCAUUUCGACCUGCUGGACCUCACAGAACUGACAGACAUGUCUGACCAAGAGCUGGCUGAAGUCUUUGCAGAUUCAGAUGAGGAAAAUGCAGCCCGAGAGCCCCCUGCUGGACUGCAUCCCCACUCAACCCCCAGAGCCGGCUACCUCCGCUCCCCCUCCUGGACAAGGACAAAAGCUGAACCGGGGCGUGAGAAGAAACAUCUCAGCGAUCCUGAGCUCCAAGCAGAUCCUUUCCUGGCUGUGGAAAAGCCAAAGAAGGAGUAAGCAGGAGGGAGGGCAGGAGCCCCACCCAGGUGCCAACCUUCACUCUUGCACCGUCAUUCCUCCUACGCAGCUGCAGCAGCCGGGACUGCGCCUUGUGCCAAGAGCCCCCCCUUCUCCUUGCCCACCAUUUCAUUUGCCAAUCUCCUUUCAGGCCCCAGCAGGCCCCCUUCCCCCUGCUGGGCUGCCCAUUUCCUGCAGGCACUUUGACCCUCCCACUGCUCUCUUUUUGGUUGGAGAAGGUAGACUGAGCGAAGGGUGCUCUCACAACUUUAUUUGGGGGGGGGCUGCCAAAGCCUGAAGGAGGGACAGCCUCCUCUUCAGCCACGUGCCUUGAGUGCUGCUGGGCUGAGCCAGGAAGCUCCUCUGCCAAGACAAGCUACCCAUCAUACCAAAGGAACAGAGGGGCAAAUAUGGCACCAUUUCUGGGGCACUGAAACAGCGUGAAUUCUGGAACUUUCUCUGCUGUAAGCACACAUCGUUUCCAAUGGCCUUAACUCUUGCCCAGAGCUCCACUGCUUUGUGCAAAGUGCACAGCACCAACGCAGCUGGCCCAACUUCAGCCAGUCUCGGGGAUAUCCCCCUGGAGCCGAUGCCCACCCAUGUCACAGCAGUGUGCCUUCCUCAGCAGAAAAAACUUUUCUCGAGGGGAAGCCAGCCAGGGGUGUGGCUGGCAAGGCACACACUGCUGUGGCGGUUGCUCACCAACCUCCCUGGUGCUGGAGAGAGCUGAGGCAAGCAAGGUGAAACAAUGGGCGUGAAACAGGAUCCCAGACCCUGUGGGAUGAAGAGUGAAUGCGGUAGCAGAGAGCUUCCCCCACGGACAAAAGCUCAAGUAUCUCUCCUAUCCGGAGGGCCCCCAUGGAGCCGGAGGAGAGCCAGCCAGCAAGGCUCCCACCUGAGUUGGCCUUCUCCCUUCAGUCACUGAACCUCCAAGGCAUUCGUUACUUCAGAGUUUGGAGUUCUUUGUGACCUUCCCCAUGUCCCCACAACAGUUCCAUGUCCUUGGUAGGAAGAGUGGGACAUGGGCUGGGGUGGGGCUAGAGGGGCAGGCUCUGAGCACUGGAUGCACCUGGGCCCUUUGCCUGCUUGACUCAGGAAAGGCAAGAGUUUGCAUUGCCAACUCAAAGUCAUUUACUUUAGCCAAGAAAACACCAUACUAUCUGAUCUUGGCUGCUAUUAAACCCCCGCCUGCCAGGGAGCUCUGCGUUAGGAGGUGGUAGCUGUUCUCGGGACACUAGGCAAGGGGCCUGGCUGGUGGACACUGCUGCUCCGCUGCCCCCUCCCAUCCUUCCCCAGACUGUUGGACCAGUCCUUGUUCAUUCAGACAGUCCAUGGUCUCUUCUUCAGCAGCAACCGGCCCAGGAGAAUGAGCCCCAAGUAAAGCAGCAGAGGCAGGCUGGUUUCCUUCUCUUCUCGACACAAGGGACAGGCGGCCAUUCUAAGCUGCCAGACAAGAGCCAUCCUGUGUGGGCAGCCAAGAUGCCUGCAAUGCUUCCCUUUGCUUUUCCUUGGUACAGCUGCUCUCCAGGGCCAAGAAAGGGGAGAGGCUCUGUGGAUGAGACCUUCAAGUUCAGGGUUACUUGGCCUUGGAGAGACCCAUCUGGCUCCUGAGGCCACCUGUGUUAUAUCCAACAGGGAGACAAAAUCCUAGGAAGUCAGCUCAGACUUGUUCUUGGUGGUAGUGGUGGGUUUCCAAAUCAGAAAAAUAAAAUUUCCCCUGGUUGACAGCAAGAGUGGCCUUCAGCUCUCCAUCUCCUUUAGGGCCACACAGAGGGACUGAAGCAAACUUUUUCAAUGCGAGCGCCACAAGGGGGGUGGGGAGAAGCCACCCCUAGGAAGAAGUUUUGUGUGUACUCCUGGAUCCCCCUGGCAUCAAAGGGCUUAGCUGGUCCUUUUGUGAGGGGCAACAGGCGAUCCCAAGCCCCCAUUCCCUGCUUGCUUUCUCACCUCUGGGCCGGGCACAGCUGCUGGAGAGAUAGGCUGAUCUGCAGAGGGAUGGCCAAGUAAGCCCUCUGGGCCAAGGUCCAAUCAGCAGCCCUCAAAGCCCCCUGGCCCAGACCCAGAAGGGCGCCCUGUGCAGGUGCAAGUGUAGCGCGGCCACCUCCUCCCUCAAGGAGCAGCUCAACAGCCCCCAUUGGCCUUGCAGGCUCUGCUCAAUCCUGGCCAUAUCCUGCACUGGGGAUGGGCACCCCAGUCUUCUCGACAUUCCAGGCUGCAUGUUGGGGUCAAGCACAUAUAAAGUUGAGUACCAAUUGUUGACUUUUCCUCAGUGUCAUCCUCUUGUGCAGCAAUGGAGCAAACCCCUUACAAGAUGAUAUGGCUACCCUCUCCUGAUUAUAUACAACUGUGCCAUGAAAGACAGACAUUUGAUGUUGGCCCGAUGAUUAGGGCACCAAGGAAGCAAGCCCAAACGCACAAGGGGUGCACAUUUGCAUUCUAAACACCGAGGAGCACUUUCUUGUGUCCCAGCAUCAAGGAAACACUGGCUAAACUCUCAGGAGGAAUCCAAGAUCUUCACAAGGGUAGCCAACUCCUGCUUUUGCAAAGCAAGGUCCUCCUGGGAUCUCAACAAUCUCCACCCAACCAGUCUGGUGUCUUCAAUAUUUGGAACCUCCAUCUUUGUUGAGUUCCUUCCAUGCUCUGCGUUCCUAUCCACCCCCCCUCCCAAUCUUUGGAUUAAAUUCUCUGUACAGUGCCCCUCUGCUACCUCUGAUGUUCUGGUGAUUAAAGUUGUUUCAAAUGGUCUUUAUAGGGUUUUUGCUCCUCCCGAUUUUUUUCAGGCAGUGGGUCAGUGCAUACACUGGGAAAGAAAGCCGUCGCAGGGAAGCAUUUUCGCCUACUGAUCAAGGUGACCUCUGCUAACUUCAAAGGUAGACAGAGCCAUGCAAGUCAGGAAAAUGAUCUUGGUUUAAGGCAGCUUCUUUUACUCCACAUAAGAACCCACCCAGGCAUUGCAGGCAGAAAGCUUCGGGGCUGGGAGAUCCCUGUGUUUUCCAGGCAGACCUCGGAAAACGUGGGGAAGAAGCAUUCCAGCUUAAAAGGUGGUUAGUCUGGAUGAACCACAGUCCAAGUCAGUUCAAGGCAUGUUGAAAAGAGAACUCCCAGAGACUGGAAGUGGGGGGGGCAGGAAAGACCUUCUGCAAGAGACCUUCCCUUCUGCAACUUGGAGGUGUGUGUGAUAAGGCGGCAGCAGCACAGGAAAAGGCAGGGGACAAGCUGCCCCCAUUUGGGCCUAAAAUACCCUAUCUGCAUCAGACAGGCUGUGGGGGUGGGGGAACUCUGCCCCUGUGGGAUACCUGGAGUCUGAAUGGAAAUUGCCAGCUAUACAUUAGGGCAAUCUUCCGGCUGACCUUGUCAAGCCGGGAGUAGAAUUCCGCCCGAUGGCCCGACUGCUACCUAGUUGUUUGGCUAAAGGAAAUCCUGCCGCCUGAAAAGGAUGCAGCUCCUCCUGCAGAGAAGCCUCCCCUGCGGGAGCCCAAAAAGGAAAGCAAGGGCUGACGGGUGUGUGUGUGUGUGUGUGUGUUCUUGCUCCCCUCCCCCUCCCC